AUGUUCCAGCUCAAGUCCAUGACGAAGAUCGCCACGGCGCCUCAAAAGAUCGAUUUGAAAACAUUCUUGAAGGUUAUCCCGGCCGCCGUUCAAGCUCAGUCGGCGAGAGGGUAUGCCCACGAAAUUCCCGAGAAACUUAAGGAUGUGCCCACCGCCGAAAAUCCCCGUUUCUUCGACAUGGUGGAGUAUUUCUUCCACCGUGCCUGUCAGAUUGCUGAAGACAAGUUGGUGGAAGACAUGAAGGGAAAGAUGUCAAUCGAGGACAAGAGGAAGAAAGUCCGUGGCAUUUUGAUGGGAAUGCAGCCCUGUGAUCACAUUAUUGAAAUUGCAUUCCCUGUACGCCGUGACACUGGUGAUUAUGAGAUGAUCACUGGCUACCGUGCUCAGCACUCCACCCACAGAACCCCUUGCAAAGGCGGUAUCCGUUUCUCGGAGGAGGUGUCCCGGGACGAGGUCAAGGCGCUGUCGGCGCUGAUGACCUUCAAGUGCGCGUGCGUCGACGUGCCCUUCGGCGGCGCCAAGGCUGGAGUGAAAAUCAACCCCAAGGCGUACUCUGAGCACGAGCUGGAGAAGAUCACCAGACGGUUCACCCUCGAGUUGGCCAAGAAAGGAUUCAUUGGACCCGGUGUCGACGUCCCUGCUCCCGACAUGGGAACUGGUGAAAGGGAAAUGUCAUGGAUCGCUGACACUUAUGCUAAAACCAUUGGUCAUUUGGACAUCAAUGCUCAUGCCUGUGUUACUGGUAAACCAAUCAACCAGGGAGGUAUCCACGGUCGCAUCUCCGCAACCGGACGUGGUGUUUUCCACGGCCUAGAAAAUUUCAUUAUGGAAGCCAAUUAUAUGAGCAUGAUUGGAACUACUCCCGGUUGGGGCGGAAAAACAUUCAUUGUUCAGGGCUUCGGUAAUGUAGGCCUGCACACAAUGAGGUACCUCCACCGUGCUGGAGCAACGUGCAUUGGUGUGCUUGAGCACGACGGUGCCAUUUUCAACCCUGAGGGCAUUGACCCUAAGCAACUUGAGGAUUACCGUUUGGAUGUCGGAAGCAUCGUCGGCUUCCCUGGCGCCAAGGCUUAUGAGGGGGAGAACCUUAUGUAUGAGCCAUGUGAUAUUUUUGUGCCUGCUGCAUUGGAAAAAGUCAUCACUAGCAAUAAUGCCCACAAGAUUCAAGCAAAGAUUAUUGCUGAAGCUGCAAAUGGACCUACCACCCCCGCUGCCGACAAGAUACUUUUAGAACGAAACAUCUUGGUCAUCCCUGAUUUGUACAUUAAUGCUGGUGGUGUGACUGUAUCUUUCUUUGAAUGGCUCAAGAAUCUGAACCACGUUUCUUAUGGCCGUCUAACUUUUAAGUACGAGAGGGAGUCUAAUUAUCAUCUGUUGGAAUCUGUACAGGAGUCACUUGAACGACGCUUUGGACGCGUCGGUGGGCGAAUCCCCGUCACUCCGUCAGAAUCAUUCCAGAAGAGAAUCUCCGGUGCGUCUGAGAAAGACAUUGUCCACUCUGGAUUGGACUACACCAUGGAGCGAUCAGCUAGGGCCAUUAUGAAGACUGCCAUGAAAUACAACCUUGGUUUGGACCUCAGAACAGCUGCAUAUGUGAAUUCUAUUGAGAAAAUUUACACCACCUACAAAGAGGCAGGAUUGGCUUUCUAAUCGCACCAAAAUGAAACCACAGUGAGAUGAAGACAUUCAAGAGAGCUGUGCAUUUGUACUUAAAUGAAUUUAUUUGGUGCGGAGUUGAUCAACACCUGAUCAGUAUCAAACUGCCAUCUUAGUCAUGUUUUUUACCAAUUUGAAUGGAGCUUGCUAAUGGCUGUGCGGGAUUUUUUUUUCGCUGCUGUUUCUUGUUUUGGAGUCCUUUUUUCCUAUGUAGAUGUUAAAAGGCUAUGUUGACUUCUGUGUGUCAUAAUUAAUGUGUGCAGAUUGUCUUUUACCUACAUCUAAUGUAUGUUCUACUAGUUACUCUUGUUUGGAUUUGGAGACGUGUUUUAAAAUUGUGCCCUCAUUUUUUAAUCAUUAUGGGUUUUUUAUUUUUUGCCUGUUCAGCAAAUCAGUUCUUUAAUUCUCCUUUUUUGUAUGAAUAUUAUGCGUACCACUUAAUGUCCUAAAACAUCUGUGUGUACACUUGCUGUUAUUCAUGUGGUGUGCAUCCAUCUUGUUUUAGAUUAUAGCAUUGAAGCGCUUAUUGUUUUUAUGAAAUGUGAUUUUUAUUUUAAUGUGACAUACUGUUAGUGUUUGGAUCUUCAGGUCUUUUCCCUUAAUGUUUUCCUUGUGUUGUACAUUUUAGAGCCUGUACAAAAUUUUAAAACAUAAGCAUACUAACAUCAACUCUCUAGAUUAUGAAAGGCUCCAAUCGAAUGAAGUCAACUUUGAAGUCAUUUUCAUUUUCUAGCAUUAGAUGUACCUUUUAUGCAGUGUUGCACAUCUUUGGUUGCUUCAUUUUAUUUAUCCAUGCCCAUCAUUUUCCAUUUAUCAUUUUUCUGUCAUGGACUCCAUGCAUCAUAGGUUGUUUAGAGUAUUACAAUUUUAUAGCUGCACUCAUUAUUAAUUAUUUGGGAAAUGUAGAGCUGUUUGCAGUUUGCCUUCAAAACUGAUUGCAUACCUUCUCCAUUUAACAAGAAUAAAUGAGUAAAAUUUGAAAGAAGUAAAUUGAUGUAUUGUUAAUAAAAUACAAAUGUUCUGUGUUUUAUUUGUCUAAACUGCAUUUUUGCUGUGGCUGGCUUGUCAAAACAGUGACCUCAGCGGAUGCUAUCUGGCAAGUAGGAAAAGAUUGUAAUGAAUUGUGAUCACUCCAGCAAUAAACAUUGUAUCCAUCAUCA